CAGAUAGAGUCGUUCGUAAUCCAUCCUCCGUGGCAAUGGAGUCCGCGUCGUUUUCUUUUUCACUGAAGCUGUUGGUGAUCGCUUUUUCCAUCGUGGGUUUCGCCAAGCUCAUCUCGAUCGUGUACAUUCAGCACACCUACUGGAAAAAGAAGCACGUUCCCUACAUCAAAGGGAUGCCGGUGUUCGGCUCCUCCUGGAAGCUUUUUCUCCGCCGCAUUUCCUUUCCAGACUGUUGCAAAUUCAUCUACAAUUAUUACCCCGACCUACGGUACGUGUGCGUGAUGGAUUUCUCGACGCCGGCGGUGGUGAUCCGCGACCCGGAGCUGAUCCGGGAGAUCGCCAUCAAGAAUUUCGAGUACUUCCCCGAUCACCAGAGCUUCAUCAACGAAAAGAUCGACCCGAUUUUCGGGAAGAACGUGUUCUCCCUGCGGGGGGAGCGCUGGAAGGAGAUGAGGAGCACUUUGAGCCCAUCUUUCACCGCCAGCAAGAUGCGCUUCCUCUUCGAGUUGGUGUCCAAGUGCGCCCAGGAGUUCGUCAACUAUUUAUACAACCAUCCGGAGUUCUCCGCCUCCAUAGAGGUGAAGGACGCGUUCACCAGGUACACGAACGACACCAUCGCCACGGUGGCUUUCGGCAUCAGCGUGAACUCGCUGAUGGACCGCGAGAACGAGUUCUACAAGAAAGGAGCCGACGCCACGAACUUCGCUGGCCUCUUCCGUCUGAUCAAGUUCCUGCUCUUCCGUAUGAACCCUCGUUUAACAAGGAUGGCCGGGUUCUCGUUCCUGUCGCGAGACACCGCCAGCUUCUUCAAGAAAGUCGUCUUCGAGACUGUGAAGGCGCGGGACGAGCAGAAUAUCGUCCGGCCCGACAUGAUUCAUCUUCUGAUGGAGGCCAGGGAUAAAGAGAAGCCCGUGUCGCGUCAGAUGACCAUCGAUGAUAUCACCGCUCAGGCGUUCAUCUUCUUCUUGGCCGGUUUCGAUACCUCCUCCAAGCUGAUGUGCUACAUGGUUCACGAGCUGGCCGUUAAUCCGGACAUUCAGGAGAAGCUGCGCGACGAGGUGGAUCGUUACAUCCGCGAGGGGGACGGCGAUAUAUCGUACGACGCGCUGUCCAGGAUGAAGUACAUGGAGAUGGUGACUGCGGAGGCACUCAGGAAGUAUCCGCCGCUCGUCCACAUCGAUAGACUCUGCGCACGGAAGUUUCAGCUACCUCCGGCUGGACCUGGAUACGAUAGCGUCACGAUAUAUCCGGACAAUGUUGUUCUGUUCCCCGUUUACGCGCUGCAUCACGACCCUAAAUACUUUCCAGACCCGGACAAGUUCGACCCUGAGCGUUUCAGUGAGGAGAAUAAAGAUAAGAUCGACCCUUACACGUAUCUGCCCUUCGGGCUGGGACCCAGGAAGUGUAUCGGCAGUCGCUUCGCGUUGAUGGAGACCAAGAUCUUGAUCGCUCAUCUUUUGCAUCGGUUCUACUUGAAGUGCACCGAAAAGACUAAGGUACAGAUCGAGUUUAGCAAGAAGAACUUCUCGAUAACGCCUGAUGGCGGGUUUUGGAUAGGUCUGGAGAGUAGGAGUUCUGUUUGAAAUUUUUUUCUGGUUCUGUCAUUUUUUUUUUAAAUAAGAUACGCUUAUGUGUUUGAACAGUGUGCUUUGUGUGUCAAAUUAUUUAUUAGGUGAAUUAUGAUCAUUUUCUACGAGGUUUCUUAGAAUAGGUUUGUUAUCCUUGAUUUCUUAUGGAAAUAUUGUACUUCGACUUUGUUUGUAUCUUUAAUUGUGCUCUUUGUUGGUGUUGGAAGUGUGUAACGAGUUCGUGAUUCCAUUAAUCGGACGAUGCUGUUUUUAUUUUAGCUCGGAGCUAAUCUUGGAACAACUAUCUUAACGUGAUGAUAAUUAAUUAUAUAACAUUGCUAUCUGCAUUAUGAAUUGUACUAUUUUUGCACUGCGAAACUGGAUUAUUUGAUUUUCUGUGGUACACGUGUCGUUGGGCAGGUUAGUGACUUCGCUGAAGUUUCUUUUUUCAGAAACAGCAACAUCUGAUCAAUUUUUUACUUCUGUAAUGUUUUGGACAAUUUGUUUCGAAAUAAUUUAUAACAGAUUUAUAUUA